AUUAUUUUAAUCCUUCAAAUCCCUUUUGAACAAAGGAGACAAGUAAAGGUUGAAAGAGAGUUGACGAAGUCAUUCAAGUUCGGAGUUCUGAUUAAUCGCCGUCUCUAAAAUUGAAUUAUCCUUCAAACCCUCUUUUUAACGUCUUCCACCAUCACCCUCUUCAAUUUCGACCUCAACAACUUUUCUAUCGUACAAUUAUACCGUUUUUUUUCUUCUCUUCUUAUUAUAUCAUUAUCGUAUCAUGUCUCUGAAACCGUCGAAUUCGUCGGACCAUUCGAUGCUUCCGUUAUCGGAUCCUCAAAAAAACCAAUCCGACGAUAAGCUUUUCAAAGGCUCCGCCAUGACCAAACGCGGUGCCUACGCCGCCAUCUCUUACAUGUCCUGCGCCGUUCUGUUGGUGAUGUUCAAUAAGGCUGCUCUUUCAUCUUAUGAAUUCCCAUCUGCAAAUGUAAUCACACUUCUUCAGAUGGUUUGUUCGUGUUUUUUUCUUUAUGUAUUGAGGCGCGGGAGGAUAAUUAGUUUUACAGCAAAUGAUUCUUUACUUAUAUCAGAUAAUUCAACAAAAUUUGUACCGCUGAAGACUUUGAGGCACACUCUUCCUUUGGCUGGAGCUUAUUUACUUUACAUGCUAGUCGUCAUGGAGUCUGUUCGUGGAGUAAAUGUUCCAAUGUAUACAACUUUGAGGAGGACCACAGUGGUAUUUACAAUGCUUGUAGAGUUAGUUUUGGUGGGGCAGAGGUAUACACGCUCUGUCGUUUUCAGUGUCGGCUUGAUCGUCUUUGGUGCGUUUGUUGCGGGAGCACGAGAUUUAUCUUUUGAUGCUUACGGUUACGCCGUUGUUUUCAUGGCAAACAUCACCACAGCAAUAUAUCUUGCUACCAUAGCCCGCAUCGGAAAAACCAGUGGUCUUAAUAGCUUUGGCCUUAUGUGGUGCAAUGGUAUCCUUUGUGGGCCAGUUUUACUCAUCUGGACAUUUAUUCGUGGAGACUUGAAGAUGACAAUUAAUUUUCCUUAUCUCUUCUCACCUGGUUUUAUCGUUAUUUUGCUUUUUUCAUGCAUACUGGCAUUCUUCUUGAAUUACAGUAUAUUUCUGAACACAACUCUUAAUUCAGCUCUGACACAGACAAUUUGUGGUAAUCUGAAGGAUCUAUUUACUAUUGGCUUUGGCUGGAUAAUUUUUGGUGGGCUACCAUUUGAUUUUUGGAAUGUAAUUGGACAAUUUCUCGGUUUCGCUGGAUCUGCUUUAUAUGCUUACUUCAAGCUCAUUGGCAAAUAACUUGCUCAACUAGAUUAACAUGAAGUUUUUUUGAUGAGGAAAAGCCAUUUGAUUCAGUCAUUUCAAUGCGGUUAUCAUGGAUGCUUCGAAAAUUGAGAAGAAUCUGAAUCAAACUCGGUUCUGUGGAACAUGCGGUCGAUUAAUCUCAAUGUUUAGGAAGUUUUGUUGAAUACAUACAGGUUGACACAAACAUUAUCUUAGGAAGCAGUCUAGUCUUGCUGUCAUGGCUUUUAGUGUAAUGAAACCUUUGUUGAUGUUGUAGUAUGUUCACCCUUUGCAAAUUGUGAAUCUUUGAAAUUGUUAACAAACACUGUAUUUUUAGGGCAAAUAAUUUAUCAAUUUAUUUCAUUAUC